AUGAAGCCCACCAUCACCUUGUUCAUAGCUUUAUUGGCAAUGGUCGUUUCAGUUCAAAGCGAGGGCAAGAAAAAUCCGGACCCCGCAUCCUUUGGAUGCACUGGAGAGCCCAAAAAGCCGCAGGGAACUUGCAUCCUCAAAAAGGGCGACAAAAAGAAUCCGAUCUAUUAUUUCGGCGCUUCCAAUCCGAUUGCUGACAAGAAGUUUAGCUGCCAAGGUGUGAAGAUCAACAACGAGGAUUUCACUGGGAUUUCCUGCUGUGUUCAAGACACUAGUUCCAAAGCCCCGCCUACGGGGGUGAACACAGCAGGAUUUCAAGUAGUGUGUGGCCCUCCUGAUAUCCGAGUUGGAUUGUAA